AUGGCGGUCGAUUUCCCGAAGUCACAGAAGGCGCCCAUGCUUCCCAUCAAUCUCUCGGAGGACUUCAUGUUCGCCUUACGGAAGUUCUGCGGCACCUACGGCAACAAGACCAUGACCCAGCCUGCCCUCAAGAUGCUUCAGUCGAUACCACUCGUCCACUCUGCUCUAGCAGUCAAGGAGGCAGACAAAAUGUCUGCAGCACAGCGAAACCUGGCAGCGUCAAAGUGCAUGCAAGAGAUCGCGGUUCCUGGUUUCAUCAAGCUCAUCGAGCACGCCCUGAGCAUCAUGGGCGGGCCGCUGCAGAUGCCUCACAAGUGGAAGGUCAUGGUGUACUACACGAGCCUUGGUUCAGGUGUGUAUCUAAUGUGGCUACAUCAAUUCGUAACACGUACCGAAGACUCAUGUUGUGGUGUGCUGGUCGUGUGAUGGCACGCCCGACCAUCAUGUGGAAUGUAGCAACAAGUUGCGAC